AUGGAUAAGCCACCUAGUAAACGUCGUCGCAUCGACGCGGCUACUGCUCUCUCGAAGCCGUUCAAGUCCCCGCUACGCAGAUCUGCACCAACAAACACGGACGACAUGCCAUCUGAGUCUGCUGCACCCAGGACUGCCGAGGACACACAGAUCCCAACCACUGGUACCACCCCUGUAGAGUCCAACCCACUAUCAGUUCCACCAGAGCCGACAACAACUCCAGUACCUCCUAAGCGAAGACCCAUGCUACAACUCUUUUCCCAAUUCCCCCCACCAGAAACCGACCCAGAAAUCCUAGAACUACAGAAACAGCACCGAGAGAUCAAGUCAAAGGUCGACGCAGUGAUCAGAGAGCUCGAAUAUGCAACUCAGGCCCUCAAGGUCGAGACCAAUCCCAGAUACACCGAGAUUCCAACUCUCAUCACCAAAUGGCGGCUUGCCAGCCAGGACGCCGCGGAUGAGGUAUUUGUCGGCGCCAAGGAAAGGUUUAAUCGUAUGGGAGGAAUGGCGGCUUGGAAAGAACGGUCGAAGCGUGAUAUGACUCGCUGGGAGUUUGACGAAGAGAACCGUGAGCGGGAGCACAUUGACGAGGAUGAGGGAGAUAUCGAUAACUACGGUGCUGAGGAUUCUUCUGAUCGUCCACUGAACAAGAAUAACGGAGAAGAGGAGAGUCAGGAUGAGAUCAACCCCGUCAUCGCGAGUCUCCCCGCAUUUCCUCAUUCCCUGUAUGUUCCCGAUUGCUGCAUGUCGCGCCCUCUGAAGCAUAGAGAAAUAGCAUGCGAUCGCUGUUUCCGACACAAGCGGAAAUGUGAUCAUGCGAAACCUUCAUGUGGCGAAUGUCGUCGCAAGGGCGCUGAAUGCUUGCCUGCUCGGUCACGGAAGACGGGAGAUAACAUCACAAUCCCGCUGGAAUACUUGAAACAGCUCGAGAAACGGGUCGCGGAGUUGGACCGUGAGUCGAGGGUUACAGAAACGACGGUGAAAACGUGUGAUGCUGGGGUUCAGACGGAUUUUGAAGAACCAGAACUCAGUCGCAAUGAUCCAGGCAAUGAUUCAGACUACCUGAUGACCGAUCGGAAUAGUAGUGGAGCAGAUAAUGAUGGGUCUCUCAUGCUUCUGUCAGACUUGCAACACAGCAGCCAAAGAUCACAGACGUCUCCAUUAUCCUUCUCGCCUGGCGCAUUCUCUUUAUUCCCGGAGACGACAUUCGACGUCCCGUGGAUUGAUUUGGCACCCUCAUAUCCUUUGACUGAUGAUGACUCCCCUUGGCUCAAAGAGCUCUACACAAAUGUCUAUUUCUCCGUGACUCACCGCGAAUGGCCCUUCUUGAACGAAGCAGCUUGGAAAUCAUGGCAUGCCGAAGCAAUCCUUGAUGGGCAGGAAGAAUGGAAAUCCUUCUUUCUGCAGAUGGUGUAUGCUAUCGGUGCAUCACUUUGCAAUACUUUACAGCGAGACCCCUCGCACUCCGUUCGGUCAAAGGAGUAUUAUGCCUCGGCCAUGAGACAUUAUCCUUAUGUUGUCGGGCAUUCGUCUAUGGUCUUACAGAUCCAAGCUUCACUGUUCAUGAUCCUCUACGCUAUGCAUUCUCCUUCUUCCGAGGAUAUCACAACGAUCGUCUCUUCUGUCUUACCAUUCUGUACAGCUGCCAUGACAGAGAUCCGGAAGCACGUAUCGAUAUGCCGCGACAAUGGGUCCAUGACGGAGUCUAGCGAAUCUUUGUCUGAGAACAUGUUUAUUACUUGCUAUAUGCUCAAUGAAGUCAUUGUCUCUGGAUGGGAUCGACCAGUAUCAGCUGCCUAUAGCGUUGUUGACGAUGAUAUGUGCACUCUAGGAGAUACCCUCCAACCGACUCUGAGCACAAACCCCGCUAUAAGUCACUUGUUCCGACUACGCAAAAUUCAAGCCAGCAUCAGAAGAUCGCGGGAGAACAAGGCCCGAAAUCCCCUCUCUAGAGAUGGCAAAGGCUAUAACUCCUCAUUCAAGUCCGCUCUUGAUAGAUGGCGACAAGAGAUCCCACACUAUGAAUCAGACAAUGACCAACACGGCUAUCUCCAUCCUAUAUGGAUGCGAAAGCUGUAUGUCUACAGUCUCUUGAUCCUGAUAGAGGAGAAACGUGAUUUCGUCGAAAUGGACGGAACAGAGGAAAUUCUCGCGACGAUUGCGGAAGCCUGUCUGAAUUUCCGUCUCUUACAGGAAGAAGGACAUGUGAUGUGCUAUACCUGGUCUGCACUUGUAUUCCAAUUCCGAGCAGGAAUCAUGGUGCUUUACAUUGUCUGGGCGACAACCCCUAUCACUGAUAUUCGGCAUCAGCAACGCAUCAGACAGAACACCCAACAGGCCAUUGCUACAUGUGCAGCCAAUCUGGCUGGUUUUGUCGACCGGUGGAAGGAUGCGACGCCGUAUAUGAAUGUGUUUGAGUUCAUACGACAGAAGAUAAUGUGGAAUCAUGGCACAUUUGAAGUCAAUUCUAGUGCCCCGGUAUCACUAGAAGAGGCUGAGUUGCACUUGGAGGAGUUGAAGAAAAAGUAUUUACACCGAGCGGUCUUAGGGAUGAUUGAAGAUAUGAUGUAUGGGAGGAGUAAACCUCAUGACUCGUUAGGGGGUGAUUUUAAAGAGAUAUUGUGA